CGCUGAUGCAGCGCGGCAUCAACAUCAGCCACGUGUUGUCCUUCAACGAGCCAGAUGGGCCCUACAACACCGGCGGCAGCAACAUGCAGCCGUCUAAGGCCGCCGAGGCGUGGGUGCGCAACAUCGUGCCGCUGCAGGCCAUGGGCAUCAAGGUUGGCCUGCCGGCCUGCACGGGCGGUCGGGGCGGUAUUCCCUGGCUGCAACAGUUCCUUGGAAACUGCUCACAGGUGCUCACGAGCAGCACUGGCGGCGGGGAGACGAAGAACUGCACGUACGACUUUAUACCGCUGCACUGGUAUGGCAACUUUGAGGGCAUGGCGUCGCAUAUUGGCGAGUACUCUGCUGCCUUUCCCAAGCAAAAGUUCUGGAUCACAGAAUUCAACCUGGAGCGGCAGGACCUGCCCACAACCCAGGCUUACUACAAUUCAACCAUCUCGUACCUGGACUCGCUGGACAGCAUAGAGCGGUACACCAUGUUUGGCGCCUUCCGCUCAGGCGUGAGCAACAUCGGCCCCAACGCCGCCUUCCUCAACAACGACGGCAAGCUCACGGACAUGGGCUCUUGGUACCUCGGCGGCUCGGCCACGGGCGUCCUGCCAACCUCGGGUAGCUUGCCCGGCUCGCCCUCGGCUGCCAACCGACUGAGUGCCAGCAUUGUGGCUAUUGGCGUGGCUGUCACUGCCACUGGUUCCAUGUUGAUGUUUCCGUUUUGGGGCUGAGCGUGUCCCAAAUUUGUGUUUCUUUUGAUUUUGCUAUCAUGGUCGUAGUUGGUAGACAUAAAUGCGCAAAUAUAGAAUUUUGAAGCUUCCUCCCA